AGAAGAAAAAGCUUCCUGCUUUUAUGCUCUCUCUUUCUCUUUCUCUUUCAUCUGAACAUUUACUUAUAACAAAGGCGGCCGCAUUAAAAGUUAAAAAACAGAGCAUUUUUCUAAGUAGACUUCGUUAUUACAGUAGCACACUCCUACUCACUUACCAUUCCAGAGGUCUUCUUCAUUCUCUCUCUCUCUCUCUUCCAUUUACUCUCUGUCUUUGUGGUUGUCUUUUGAUACUGUGCUCUGCUUCGGAGAGUGGAGAACGAGACCUAAAGUACUCUCUGUGUUUCUUCUUCUCAGACUAAAAGGAAAAAAGCUAAUGUCGGGUGAGAAACAAGUGGAGGAGGCAAUAGUGGUCUCCGGGGAGGAUGAGGUAGCCGGUAGAAAAGUGGAAGAUUCAGCGGCGGAGGAGGAUAUUGACGGCAACGGCGGCGAUGGAUUUAGUAUGAAGAGCUUCCUCUGGCAUGGCGGGUCCGCUUGGGACGCCUGGUUUAGCUGUGCAUCAAAUCAAGUGGCACAAGUGCUGUUGACGCUGCCGUAUUCGUUCUCGCAGUUGGGAAUGUUAUCAGGAAUAUUGCUUCAAAUAUUCUAUGGAUUAAUGGGAUCUUGGACUGCUUAUCUCAUCAGUGUUCUUUACGUCGAAUAUCGUGCCCGUAUGGAGAAACAAGAGGCCAAAUCCUUCAAAAACCACGUUAUUCAAUGGUUUGAAGUGCUUGAUGGGCUGCUGGGUCCGUACUGGAAAGCAGCGGGGCUCGCAUUCAAUUGCACCUUCUUGUUAUUCGGAUCAGUCAUCCAGCUCAUUGCUUGUGCUAGCAAUAUAUAUUACAUAAACGAUAGGUUAGACAAGAGGACAUGGACUUAUAUAUUUGGUGCUUGUUGUGCCACGACCGUGUUCAUACCAUCUUUCCACAAUUAUCGUAUUUGGUCUUUCCUCGGCCUUGGCAUGACCACCUAUACCGCUUGGUACCUCACCAUCGCCGCAUUUCUCCAUGGUCAGGCGGAGGGUGUGACACAUUCCGGUCCGACUAAGCUUGUAUUGUACUUCACCGGAGCCACCAAUAUCCUCUAUACCUUCGGCGGACACGCCGUGACCGUAGAAAUAAUGCAUGCGAUGUGGAAACCAAGGAAGUUUAAGAGCAUCUACUUGAUGGCGACUCUGUACGUCUUCACAUUAACGCUUCCGUCAGCCUCCGCCGUCUACUGGGCUUUCGGCGACCAACUUCUCAACCACUCAAACGCUUUCUCUCUCCUCCCUAAAACGCGUUUCCGUGACACCGCCGUUAUCCUCAUGCUCAUCCAUCAGUUUAUAACGUUCGGAUUUGCGUGUACACCAUUGUACUUCGUAUGGGAAAAAGCGAUCGGAAUGCACCACACGAAGAGCUUAUGUCUAAGAGCGCUGGUGAGGCUACCGGUGGUGGUUCCGAUAUGGUUUUUGGCCAUCAUUUUUCCGUUUUUCGGGCCAAUAAACUCGGCAGUUGGAGCCUUACUAGUUAGCUUCACCGUCUACAUUAUCCCUGCCUUAGCCCACAUGCUCACCUACCGCACCGCCUCUGCCCGCCGGAACGCGGCGGAGAAACCGCCGUUCUUUAUCCCUAGCUGGGCCGGAGUUUACGUAAUAAACGCUUUCAUAGUGGUUUGGGUCCUAGUUCUCGGGUUCGGGUUUGGCGGAUGGGCCAGCAUGACCAACUUCAUCAGGCAAAUUGAUACUUUUGGUCUCUUCGCCAAAUGCUAUCAAUGCAAACCGCCACCAGCUCCAAUCGCCGCCGGACCUCACCACGGCCGUUAACCUAAGCCGCCGCUAGUGACGUGUGAAAGUGUGAUUGAACCCUUUUUUCCCCUUUUGUAUGAAAGAAAAUAUCUGUAAUUCAGCGAUUUAAUCAUAUGCUAUAGAUAUUUCAAAAUUUCCUUAAAGUCACGUGAUUAGGGA